UUUUUUUUUUCCCCCCACUCACCCCCUCCCCACUACCACCGCCACCGCCACCAUCCGUCUCCGUGAGCAUGGUGGCCGCGCUCCGCUCGCUGCUCGUGUCCGUGAGCCUGGCCGCGGUGGCGCGCCUGGGCUCGGCCGUGGGCGCGGUGAUCCACUGCGAGCCCUGCGACGCCGGCGCGCGGACGCUGUGCGACCCCGUGCCCGAGGACUGCACGGAGCGGGUGCGCGAGCCGGGCUGCGGCUGCUGCGUGACGUGCGCGCUGUCCGAGGGCCGCGCGUGCGGCGUCUAUACGCGGCGCUGCGGCGCGGGGUUGGUCUGCAGACACCGGGCGGGCGAGCCGAGGCCCCUGCACGCCCUGCUGGAGGGCCGCGGGGUGUGCGUGAACCAGACCGCACCUCCACCGGUCAGCGCGCGACCAGUGGUGAGUGCCAGGGUGCCUGAGGACUAUUCCAGCAGCAACUCGACGAGUCCACCGGCACCAGCUGGACAUGCGCAGUCAACGGAUGUCUUCCCUUCCAAUGGUCGGCGUCCCCCGGCCUACCGGCUUCACCCUAAAGCUGAGGACAUCCGGCGUGAACAAGAGCGGAAGAGCCACAGCUUUAAAAUCGGUGAUCCUCUGGUGCUGGCUCCUUCCAACCAUGAGAAUAUCGCAUUCGAGUCCAAGCAGGAGCCAGAGUAUGGUCCGUGUCGAAGGGAAAUGGAAGGCAUUCUGGACAUGCUGAAGAUCUCCGACAUGGUGAACACCAAAGGUUUUCGCAUCCCGAACUGUGACAAGAAAGGCUUCUACAGGAAAAAGCAGUGCUGGCCGUCGAAGGGGCGGAAACGGGGCAUCUGCUGGUGCGUGGACAAAUACGGCCAGGCCUUACCGGGCUACGAAGGCAAGGAGAAAGGAAGCAUGCACUGUUACACCAUGGAGAGCCACUAGGGGGGAAAAAAGCGAGCGGACGGGCGAUGGAGAAAAGAGACAUUGGAAAGAGAAAGAUGGCCUGCGGAAUCUCCAUGCGCCAACCCUCCGUGUAGCGUUUGACGGCGGCUUCGAAAUUCUGGGCUUUCCCGAGCUUCGACGAGCUCGAAUUUAAUUCUUUUAGCAGCAGUGGAACCCUAGACGCUUGCAGGAGAGAAAGAAACGGAUGAAGGAAUAUACUGAAGGGACGUCUCAGGAGGCAAUAGGGCUGGACGCAAUUAAGGCAAGGAGGACAAUAAAAUAAGGAAACAGAAGAAGGCACUAAUGCUACAGAGCACUUCCUAUGUGUGUGUGUGUGUGUGUGUGUGUGUGUGUGUGUGUGUGUGUGUGUGUGUGUGUGUGUGUGUGUGUGUGUGUGUGUGUGUGGGGCGCUUAUUUUAACAACUCGACUAUGCGCCUCGUGUGUUAGUGAAUAUCAGUGGUGCACUUUCACAGUGACUUUAAUACGCAUUCCUGUCGCAUACAAAUUGGGAAUUAUUGAUUAUCGAUAGGAUUCCGGAUCAGGAGCACGAGUACAAAAACCGUACAAACUCACGGUAUCAGGACUGAUCGUAAAAUCCUUCUUUACCGAUUCUUUAUUUCCUCCACAUUAUCCGCAAAAUUACAUUUCAACCUAGCAAAUUUAUUUAUUUUUUCUCUGGUGUUGAACGACAGGCAGACGUUUUUUCCAUUGUCUGAAACCGAAACCUUUUCCAGAAGACGUCCUCGGUCCACUAAUGAGCCAAAAAACGAGAUGGCGGUGAUUUGGUUUAUCGCUUUAUAUUUUCAGGAUGUAAUUGUGGAGUUCACUUUUACUUUUUCACCACAACGUUGUCAAAUCCGUUUAUUUCACAAUUCCAAAUACAAAAGAAAACUCAGUCUGACAUCAAGCGUUCAAGUGUGUAAAAAUCCGAAAUCAAAAUCAUGAACAAUUGUGAAAUCUUCGACUGGAGGAAAAAAUAAUAAUAUUUCUAACACAAAAUAGUCGAAUCAUCAAAUUGGAUACAAAAAUCUUCUACAAUGAAUGAAAACCUAAAAGACCUCCACAAAAUUCCCCAUUUUUGUAGAUUUACAUAAACAUAAACGUUACUCCAAAAUGGAGUACGACUCUGAAACUAGCAUUAGUAGCAUAAAAUUACUAGCUAAAUGAUCUAAUUGAUGCUAAAAUGUCUAGACUUGAGCACGUAUAUAGAAUUUUAAAUCCCAAACUAGAGAAAAUUCAUCAAAAUAUCCAAGUUGUGCAACAAAAAAAUCCCAAUCGGAAGAACGAGUCUUUAAUAUGACACGGAAGUUUAUUUUCCACUUGACUAUACUUGUAUAAGACUUACAUUAAAUUACACUCUAUUUUCAUAAACUCUAAAAUAGAGUACAGCACGACUCUAAAACUAGCAUUACUAGCAUAAAAUUACUAGCAUAAGUUAUCCAAUUGAUGCUAAAAUGUCUAGACUUCACGCUAAUAGAAUUUUAAAUCCUAAACAAAAGAAAAUUCACCCAAAGAAUCCAAAUCGGAUUCAAAGUUUUGAUUUUACACGUGGCCCGACACUCACUCAACUGGUGUGAACUUCUCUAAAAUGCUAACGUAGCUAAUCCGGAGCUUUACCUUGUACCAGUUCACGCUUUCCAGUUUGGAGCUGAUGAUGGGGGUUUGUACGGUUUUUGCAGGUCGCUAUAAAUUUCCAGGUCCAGAACGCUCUUAUUGGCUUUCCCCCUUAGCACUUUUUGCAAAAUCGUUCCAUUACUUCAUCAUGAAAGGUGUUCCAGAAGGUUCUUCAUGUUCUCAUUGGGUCAUGUUUUUUUUUUUUGAUAACCAUUUUGUGUCACAUCAAAUCCAGGUCCAGUGGUUACUUUAUAAUAUAUAAUUAACCAUUCUAGGUCAGAGUUCAGCUACGUACAUACGCUAUAUGGACAAAAAGUAUUUGGACACCUGACCUUUCCAGCUAUUUGUGUUUUUUUUUUUUUUCGACUAGGAGACCCAGCUCCAUAAAGAUCUGCUUUUCACGAUCUCCUGCUCUAAAUCUCUAACCCUGUUGGGAUAAAUGUGAACGCUGACUGCACCCCAGGCCUCCUCACCUACAUCAGUACUUGACCUUGUCCCUGAAUGAGCACAAAGUGUAGUGGAACAUCUUCCCAGAAGAAUGGAACUUAUUAUAACAGUAAAUGGAGACUAAACAUGGAAAGCGAUGUUCAAAAACAAAAAGCACAAUCUUAUGCUCAGGUGUCCACAAACAUUUGUCCGUAUAUUGUGUCAUGCUAGGAAUGUAGCUAGCACGCUAGCAAGCCAAUGUGAAUCUGUGUAUAUAUAUAUAUAUAUAUAUAUAUGAAAGAUUGGCGAGGCAAUCGCUUCAGCGCUCUUCUCUUUCUUCUCCGCUAAAGUUUCCUUUUUCAUUUCAGGUAUCUUGUGACUAAAGGCAAACUUUGCUGCGAAUCCGGAACCCCGUUACUACCACGUUAAGCACAUACCCAAUGCUUCUAGUGAUAUUCAAAAGCUUCUAGUACAGUACAGCGUAGCUCACAGUAUGGCUUGAUUUUUACGUGUUUUUAUUUUUAUUUUUUAUACUGGCUACUUUUGGACUGAAUCCCCAUUCUAAUAAGCUAUAAAAAAAAAAAAAGCAAAUAAGCAAACGUUCAACUUGGGGACAUUACAGCACAUCGUGUGUAAAUCCUAUUUCCACAUGUAUUAUUAUUUUUUUUAAUCCCCAGUGCCUUAAAACCGGGAGAUAAUAUCUGUGUAUAUUUUUACUCUCAAUAAUUAAAGAUCUAAUUUAAGGGAUGAACA